AUAUUUUUUUGUGUUCUUUAGGCUUUGUUGUGAGGUUUCUGGUUUGUUGAAGAAAAUGGCAACAGCUGGAAGGGGAGGUCGAGCUGUGACGGGGACGAAUAGCAGAGAAGGAACAGCAAAAUCAACAGUGAAUGAACAGAUUUCCCAGGCCGUACUGUCCACCUCUAAUCUCCUUCAUCUCAUGCAACAGUCUUCUCCUUCUCGGACCCAAUUGAUGAAACUUCCUAAAAUUCUUUUGGCCAAAACUCCUACAAUAAAAAAUACAGGGCAGAUGUUAGAGCUGAUGCCUAGGGCUAUUUCAUCACUUGAUGCUCAUAUUGAUAAUGGAUUACAAAGUGUUCCACAUCUGAAAACGGUAAUUCAGUUACUAGAAAAUAUGGAAAGCAGCCAGCUUAGUUCUCUGUCUCAAGCACGUCUCUCACGAGCGGAAUCUCAGCAGGCACAUCAGCAUCCCGAGGUUGGAUCACCACCUUAAGUUCCUAGCCAUACUACUGUUCUCUCGGCCAUUAGUUUCUUUAAUCAGGUCAAACCUUCUUGUUCAUAGCUGAGAAAGAUUCUAAUCUGUAACUUUUGUAAACUGAGUUAGAGCAGUGUACAACUACUCUGGAGAACAUGUUCCUUGUACAUCUAUUCUCAUAAUACGUCUCAUUUUGCUGUCUGUUCUCAUUGAAUAUGAUAGAGAAUAAUUCCUCUCUGUUUUGCUUUCUCCGAAGACUGGAAACAUGUUUCUACUUGCUACCUUGUAAGGAUGCCCUCCGAUUUUUUAAAGUAAAAUGAGGUUCCCUAUCAUUCGUUCCA